AUGUCGCCAUAUAACCCUCGCGAUCGAGCCGAAGAAUUCACCAGCCGCUCCCCGGACAGCGUUUCCGCCGCGACUCUCGACCGCAAUAGCGCCGACGGAAGCGUUCAUGCGGAAGAUUCCGCCGACCGCCUCGUUUUCAGCUCGCAAUGCUGUGCGGAACAAUCAAGUAGUAGCAUCGGAAGCGGCGACGGGGGAAGUCAUCGUGGAAGCGGAAGCGGCCACGGAAGCCCACGCAGUAGCAUUUUCUUGACUCAGCAGCACCGUGAUUUGCAUCGUCAGCAGCAGGGCGGGUUCCCUCCGUCUCUUGCGGCGGAACGGCGGGAUCCGCGGUCGAACCGCGCUGGCGGCGGUGACGGAGCUGUAUACGCAGCCGAAAUUGAGUACGGCUACGAGCGUUAUAGCCAUCCCGGCGCCAAGAGCGGCGCUAUUGCCGCCGGAGGCGGAAAUUACAGCCAGGCCGCUCCGCGCGGCGGCAGCGCACGCGCGAGCACGCUGGGUAGGCAGAGCUGGAGCCACGAUAACCCCGCCGCGUUUCGCGCUUCGGAAUACGCCGCCGGAAGCGGACACAGAGCCGCCGCAGCCGGAAGCCGCGCGCGGUACAGCAAACCCCGUGCCGCAGAGACGGGGUCGUCGUCCGACCUUCGUUUUGGAGCCGCGCGAGGGGUAAUGCAAGGCGCGGGGACGCGCGGAACGCCAUUCAACGGCAUAGGGGACGAGUAUCCGACGGCUGAGCGCGGCCACACGACGAACGACACGGAAGCUUGGUGGAGGGACGGGGACAGUGCCGCUGCUGGAAAUCUGCAGGUAGCCCAGAGCGACCACAACGCAGGCGACCUCGACCUUUCUCCUGAUGGUGGGCCCGUUGUUGAUGAUUCUGGCGAUGCAGGGGUCCCGCUCGUCCGCUCUCCAGCUGUUACUAAUCCGAGGGACGAUCCCACUAGCCCGCGUGUGCACUGGACGGCCACAGAGAUGCUUCAGCUGGUGCAGGCCAGAGUCGACCUGGAUCCUGACUGGGAUCUCAUGCGCAGAGUUCAAGGUGCCAACUACUGGGCUGCACUCCACACGCUGGUGCUUGAGCGCCAUCCCCGUUUCCGCUUCAGCCGAGGGGCGAUCAAAAUCAAAAUGUUGAGGAUCGAGGCGCAGUACAAACAGCUCCGCGACAGGCUGUCUCGCUCUGGCGCCGGUGCAAUCCGCUACUUCCCUUCCUGGUACGGACUGAUGGAGACAAUCCGUGGCCAUCGCCCUGGAGUCCAGCCCGUCCACCGUGUGACUGCUGCGAUGAUAACCACUCCUACUCCCCUACCAGUUCCUACCCCAACAGCCGUGACGCACGUCGGUCCUAUUCGUGCAAGGCCUGCUGUUCUGGCAUCUACUACCACCACCAUCCCAAGUGUGGAUGCCACCAUCCGUGCUGCAACGACUGGUGGAUCGGGACGGAACACGCGCACUCCAUCUACGGAUGUGAACUCCCCGGUUACGCCAAGCGGGCCUGUUUCACGCACGCCUAACCCACGCACUCCUACUACGGCGGUGGUGACUCCAGUAACCACAACUAAUCAGCCCACCGCACCGCCGUCUGGCACUGGUUCGCCAUCCACGCCAUCACCUUCCGUUCCCACCGCGUCCCCCUCGACCUCCGCGGGUGGGACGGGGACGCCUCCUGCAGGGGGAUCACCAACACAGAGCAAUGGUCGGUCAACGGCAGGCUUGAUUGGUGUUGGCCCGGAGGCUGCAAUUGCCACGGUCAUGGCGGAAAGCAUCGCAAGCGCCAUAAACAGUGCUGUGGACCGUGCAUGCGACAGGUUUGAGAGCCUUACCCGGUCUUUGGUCGGGUCAUGGCCGGGUGAGUCCGAGCCCAGGAUGAAUGGAGGCCAUGGGCCAACCGAUCACGACGGAGAGCUGGAGUAA